AUGUCUCCAAGCCAGCCCAAGAGGCAGGCUAUGGAGGAGGAAGCAACAGCUGCUGCAACUCCGCUACCACAGGACGUUCACCGUCGGCUGUCGGAUCCAACAAUCCAGUUUACUCAAGAAAAUAUCAAUCAGGCGAUCGAUCAGACGCUGCAGGACAGAUUUGAGCUGGGUUCCUCCGAGAUCAGGGAAAUAUCUGGCCCAGGGCCCGUGGCACUGCCCGGUGACCCGCGGCCGAGUAGCGUGGGGCCAGGCUCUGGCGAGAAACCUAACGGUGACAACGAUGCCGUCCUGGCUGCCCGUACACCCGGCUCCGCUGUCACUGCAGCUCCUGCUACGGUUGGUAAGUCGACGAAAUUAUCAACGAAGGCGCGGGAUGCUCCGUACUCGCAUGCUUCUCGUAAGCCUGCACAUCCCUCUUCGCUUACUGACUCAGAAUCAACGGAAUCCAGGGCGCCUGACAGGAAGAAACCAUCUACUGACCGUCAGGACCCUGUUCCGCCUCAGGACGCCUCCGCUACACACUCGGCGACCGACUCCAGUCUGGUCGACAUGGCAGACGCUUAUGAGAUCACAGUUCCGACGUCGAAUAGGUUUGAAGGUUUAACUGAUGUCACACCAGCUGACAAAGACUCUUCAGAUAAUCCGCCUGCUCCUACUUCUGUCAAGGCCCCCAAGGUGCCAUCUAUCAUAGUACAUGACACGAUCAACUACCUCGAUCGGGUCGUCGUCAGGCACCUCGAGCCCACCACCCCUACCGCUGACGUUAAGGAGGCGCUGGGCUUCACUGUGCAGUCUGUCACUGUUAUGCACCAGCAGGUGCCAGACGCACUGGUGGACGAAAGUCCCGUCAAGAUUGCAGUGGUGGUGGUGAUAGUGGUGGUGCGGCUGCUCAAGACAUCGUCAUCUCAUUCUUCAUCCAUGGACCAUCCACCCCCAUUACCAUCUUCCAUCGCUAGUUCGGACUCUGACAACCUUGUCAGCGACAGCGCCACCAGCUCUAUUUCAUCAGUGGGCGAGGGACACAGCACCUCUCUGGCGUCUGCACAAAGAAGAGGGAAGAACCGGCCAUAUGUGCCAACUGUAGGGGGCAACCAUCCAGCCUCCUUCAGGGGCUGCCCAGGAAGUUUGAAGAUCAUCCAGGCGUGGAAGCGCCAGCGAGAAUCAGCUCCCAAAAGGCAGGAACCACCUCCUAGGGCGCCACUGAGGAACUACAACCCACCUCCAGCACCACCCAUGGAGGAAGUAAACCCCCCACCAUCCCCAACACCAACUAGAGCAGAAACAACAAGCUCUCCCAACCCUGCCCAACCCCAGCAGGCAACUCUGUCCACAAAAAGAACUCCACCCCCACAGGUUGUCUCCCCCCCACAAACAUCACCCCUUCCCACCCCAACCCAACCUGAAACAGAAAGGGCCGAGAAAACACCACUGCCUCCAUCAUCAAAGGCCACAGAUGUGCAACCACCAAGGGUCAUUCCAGCCAAAGCCACACCCACUGAGACUGCCCAAGCCACAUCUGCAGCAGCAGAUACCAACAACACCACCAACAUCAUCAGUGGCCAGACCACUGCGCAAGGAAGUUCCGUCCAGGUCGAACAGGAACAGCCACUCCAGUUCCUCUGA